AACCGCAAUUGAUAUAAAUCGAUUAACUGGUGAACAGAGACUACUAGAGAAACUGAUGGUGAACUAUGAUCCAAAUACAAGACCGGUUUUUGACGCUGCCCAACCUGUCGUUAUAAAAUUGGGUGUUACUCUUACACAAGUCUUAGAUGUAGAUGAGAAGAAUCAGGUUUUAUCUACUAAUGUUUGGUUAGAUCAGGAAUGGUUUGAUGAGAAACUGACGUGGAACAAGGAGGAAUUUAAUAACAUUAGUAUUAUAAGAAUCCCUUGUAAAUUAUUAUGGCUUCCGGAUAUUGUUCUAUAUAACAGCGUUGAUAAUCAUAACAAAGGUUACAUGAAAAGUCUGGCGAUGGUUGAAUCCGACGGCAAAGUAUUCUGGCCUCCGAUAGUACGUAUGCGCAGUUCUUGUAAGAUGGAUAUCACGUACUUUCCGUUUGAUGACCAGGUCUGUAAAUUGAAACUAGGAUCAUGGGCUUAUGAUGGAUUCCAGGUGGACGUGUCUAAUCGAACAACCGACAUGGACCUUGAGAAUUAUGUUGAUAAUGGCGAAUGGACUUUGAUCAACACAAAAGUUGUGCGAAAUGUAAUUUAUUAUCCAUGUUGUAAGGAGCCGUUCCCCGACGUCACGUUUUAUCUCCAUAUACGCAGAAGAGUUCUAUAUUAUUUUUUCAAUGUGAUUAUUCCGUGUAUUUUGUUGUCCAGUCUUUCAAUGACUGGGUUUCUCUUGCCACCAGAUUCUGGAGAAAAAAUAACACUCGGUUUAACCGUGUUGUUGGCUUUCUCAGUCUUUAUGCUGCUGGUUGCUGAAAACAUGCCACCUACGUCAGAAUAUAUUCCACUUAUUGGAAUUUAUCUUACAGUGAUCAUGGCAAUGAGUGCCCUGUCUGUCGCCUUGUCAGUGUUUGUUCUGAAUUGUCACCAUAAAGGAGUUUUGCUUCACCGACCACCACGAUUUGUGAAAAUGUCCUGUUUGAUUUUGGGGAAACUAAUGUGCGUUCGCCUGAACUAUAUAAACAAAAUGGAUGCUUUUAAAGACCUGACUCGACCAAUGGGAGAGAGCGAAAAUUUAAUUGAAUCCGGCAAAAUUGAAAACAAUAACCCAAGUGAUCGAUCUCGUGUUGACCUUAAUAUCAAUGGACUCGUUGAUACAGGUCAGAGAUCAAGACAAACUGUAGGCUCGGGGACAAAUGGUCUCCAGACACAAAAUACCGAGCUCGAACGAGAAAUUUUAAAAUAUUUAAAAUUUGUACUGGAAUCGUACGAACGGGGACGUAGUGAACGGUUGGCCGUUGUGGAAUGGCAGGAGAUCGCCAGAGUCAUGGACAAAUUCUUUUUCAUUAUUUUCAUAACAAUUACGUCUGUGUCCACGUUAGUGUUGUUGAUAAUUAGUCCCAUGACAAAAAUUACAUCCAUACCUUAUGACUAAUUGAAUAAUGUAUACAAUUUAUUACGUCCUUUUGUGUGUACGAGGCGGGUGUUGUUAAUAUCCACGGAAGUAAAUACUCUGAAGUAUAAACAAUAAUGCCAGUUCAAAGACAAAAAUGAUAUUAAAGAUAAUGUGCAGAAUGGUGUAUUGAAAUGUUCAGAUUUAACGCGUUUAUUAUUUGCCAAUGUGGAACUAAGCAAAAGCAGAAUAUAUAACCGAAAUAUCUGAUCAUUUUUAGUUUUCCACAACAGGAUGGUGAAAUGUUAUAUGUACUAUCGAAUCAAUCUUGUCAUUUCACAUGCAGCAAAUUAUGUAUUCAGCCCAAAUUUUUAAGUGUCCAUUGAUGUGAUUUACUUGAUGUCUAUAAUUUCAUUGUUCUCCCACUACUUUUGUUGAUCAUAUGCAACAGUCCUUUUAUAGAUUGCAAUCCAAUAAAGAAGACUGUUCGUUACCUUCAUUUGUCUUUAUUAACUGUAAGGAUAGAUUUAUUAUUAAAUUUUACGUUAUUUAAGUUUCAAUAUCGAUUGCGAAAUGUGUGUCCUAAUGUUAAUGUUACAGUUUUCAAAUCAAGGUUAAGACAUUUUAUGUUCUAUAGAUUAAAUGGGUAAAUAAGAUAUUUAUUUGUUUCUGGUUUAUUCAUUUGAGAAAUAUUGUAGGUUAGAGUAGCGUAAUUGCUUCAUGUUUUUGAAUGUUACUGUGUUUAAAUGGAUUUAUUUAUAAAUAAACAUGGUUAGUGUAUACGUGCCCCCCCC